CAUGGCAACACUGUCAAUAUAUUUAUUUCAUUAUACGCUGUAUUACACGCUAACUUGUAUGCAAAUAAAAAAGUUAGGUACACGCGAGCUAAACGUACGUCAGCAAGUCAGUAACGUCGUUAUUUUUAGCGUGCACUGUGACUAGUUUUUGGUCAGAGUGAGGUUAGAAUUUGUCUAAUCGCGUUUUGUUUACACUUUAAUAUUGAUUAGUAAAGAGUUUUCUUAUUGUUUAUUUGUUUAGUGUUUUUUAAAUUAACUAUGGAGUGUGGACAAUUAUUUAGUUCUUUUAAUGAGUUUAACAACAUUUUAACACAGUAUGAAAAAGAUAAGAGACAAAAAUUCGUGAUUAAGGGUAGCAGAAGUAUUAAGAUGACUGAAAAGAUUUUAAAGCGUAAAUUAAAGGAAGACCUUAAAUAUUAUGAAGUUCAAUAUAUUUGCGUUCAUGGUGGUGCUGUAAGAAGACGUGGAAAAGGCAUUCGUAAAACAAGAACUUACAAAAUGAAUUGUCCAGCAGCAAUCAAACUUCGAGCUACUAAGACAGGUGAUUUUCUACAAAUUAAACAAUUAGUGGAGAGACAUGAAAAUCAUGAAAUGUCAGAAGUGGUGUAUGAUGAUUUGCCAACAAACCGUAAGCUAAACGCUAAUGAACAAAGUAUUGUCGAGAAUUUAAUGGAUGUCCGUGAGAACAAGAAGCUAAUUCAACAAAAAAUAUUGUGUUCAGCUGGAAAAUUAAGCACAACGAAAGAUCUAUCCAACAUUGCAUAUGGUAUGAAAAGUUCGAGUAAUGAGUUAGAACAUGUAGCAAAGGAGUUGAAAGAUAUUUACACUCAAGACUGCAAAACAAGAUGGCGAACGUUACGCGAUUUAUACAAUAGGAAACGUAAAUUGAUAAAGAAACCAACUGGUACCGCUGCAAGCAUGAAAGCAUCAAAUUGGGAUUAUUUAGAUAAUAUGUCAUUCCUAAGAAAAUUCCCAAAGAAAAAAGGGUCGCUCACCAAUGUGCCUGGCAUUGGGUCUCUGGAUCCUGACGAAAUUCGUGAAAAUGAUGAAGAAACGAUAGCUGAUACAGAAGAAACUGAAGUGGAAAAAGUACAAGAAAGUAGUAAUCCAAAAAGAUCGUUAGAAGAGACUGAAAUACUAAAACAAAAUGUAAACAAUAAGAGAAAUACUGACCGUGUUAUUGCAGCUAUGGAGAACCGCUACAAAGAAAGAAAUGAAUUAUUUCGUGAAUUAUUGUCAGCCCCAUCUGCAUCUCUGGCUGCACCUGAAACUAAUCCGAUAAUCACGUUUUUUCAGAGUAUGGCUCAAACUGUAAUGACUUUUCCUCCACACCUAGCAGUGGAAGCAAAAGCCAAGGUUUGUCAAAUUGUCACUGAUUUAGAAUAUCGCUCCAUUUCACAGUAUCAGCAGCCAAGCCAUUCUUCUCAACUUAAUGCUUUACCUAGAUGCGACAAGUCUGACAGUCGGUCUAGCAGUUUGGAUGCUAUGUAAUGGCUGAUGGGACAUAGAUUAAUAAUUUAUGUUAGAUUAGAAGGUAUUAAAAAAAGAAUUAAGUAAUUUCCUUUUUAAUAUUUAACACAUAACAAUAUUAUUCAAAUAAAUUUUACAUAAUGACAAAACAUUUUUUAAUUACCUAAGAGUCACCAACUGAUAUUAUUUAAAUUUC